CUGCAGAAGAGUUCUAAGGACGCAGAAAUGUAUCUUGGGAAAACUUGGGAAAGGUUUUUCCACCAAUGACUUUUUCCAUGUUUCCAAUGGAGAUUCUGAGGAAUACUGAAAGAGCUCAUGAAAUAUUUUCUUUUUUGAAAACUGAAUAAGUCUCAGAUGCAGACUUUGAACCUAUUUUUGAACACUCAAGUGGUAUCUGACAAGGAUCUCCUUUUCUUUCUAAUAAAGAAGAGUACUUCCACUGGAGCUUAACAUUUAUUGACUUCAAGUUGUUAAUAAACUAACUAGAAUACAGCGGUGAAAACCAUUCUCCAUAUCUUUGUGCUGCAUGCAAAAGUCUACUAAUUUCUUCCUACUCAUAAUGCACCUCAAUGGAGGAAAAUAUUUUAUUGAACAUGUGUGAAGGUCAUUCAUUUCAUGUUCGUUACAGAAUGGAAGCGUCUUGUCUGGAGCUUGCCUUGGAAGGGGAACGGCUGUGUAAAGCAGGAGACUGUCAAGCUGGUGUGUCUUUCUUUGAAGCUGCUGUACAGGUUGGAACAGAAGACUUGAAAACACUCAGUGCAAUUUACAGCCAACUAGGCAAUGCUUAUUUCUAUUUGCAUGAAUAUGCAAAGGCUUUGGAAUACCACCACCAUGAUUUAACCCUUGCAAGAACCAUUGGAGAUCGACUAGGGGAAGCUAAAGCAAGUGGCAACUUGGGGAACACCUUAAAGGUUCUUGGGAAUUAUGAAGAGGCUGUUGUUUGCUGUCAGCGGCAUCUUGACAUUUCCAGGGAGCUUGAAGACAAGGUUGGCGAAGCAAGAGCACUUUAUAACCUUGGAAACGUUUAUCACUCUAAGGGUAAAAGUGUAGCCUGUGCAGGCACCCACGAUCCAGGAGAAUUCCCAGAUGAUGUUAAAGCUGCGUUGCGGAAAGCAGCAGAUUAUUAUGAGAAGAACUUGACAAUAGUGACUGAGCUGAGCGAUAGAGCAGCCCAGGGACGUGCCUAUGGAAACUUGGGCAAUACUCAUUACCUUCUGGGCAACUUCAGGAAUGCUGUUAUGGCCCAUGAACAGCGUCUCUUAAUUGCAAAAGAAUUUGGUGAUAGAGCUGCAGAAAGAAGAGCAUACAGCAAUUUAGGAAAUGCUUAUAUUUUCCUUGGAGAAUUUGAAACUGCUGCUGAAUACUACAAGAAGACAUUGCAGCUUGCUCGGCAGCUAGCAGAUAGGGCUGUAGAAGCACAAGCUUGUUACAGCCUUGGAAAUACGUAUACAUUACUUCAAGAUUAUGAAAAGGCUAUAGAUUAUCACCUAAAGCACCUGGCAAUUGCUGAAGAACUAAAUGACAGAAUUGGUGAAGGAAGAGCAUGCUGGAGUUUAGGUAAUGCAUACACAGCACUGGGAAACCACGACCAAGCAAUGCAUUAUGCAGAAAAACAUCUGGACAUUUCAAGAGAGGUGGGAGACAAAACUGGAGAACUAACAGCUCAACUUAAUCUCUCAGAUCUACAGAUGGUGCUUGGUCUAAGUUACAGCACAAACAGCUCAAUGAUGGCAGAAAACCAUGUUCUAGAUAAUAGUUUAAAUGGCCCUAGAUCCCGUGUUGGACGUCGCCAUAGUAUGGAAAACAUGGAACUUAUGAAACUAACUCCAGAAAAGGUUCAGGACUGGAACAGUGAAAUUUUGGCCAAACAGAAACCACUGCUUCCCAAACCUUCAGCAAAACUGCACUUCGUAAAUCGAUUAAAGGGCAAAAAAUACAAAAACAUCACUUCUUCUAAAGUUCUCCAGGAUGCAAGUAAUUCUAUUGACCAUCGGCUUCUGAGUUCUCAUAAGAAGAAUAUUGAUGUGCCUGGAGAUGAAGGAUUCUUCGAUUUGCUAAGCAGAUUUCAAAGCAACAGAAUGGAUGAUCAGCGGUACUGUUUUCAGGACAGAAACAGACUGACAGUUACACCUUCCAUGCCAUCACGAACAAUGAAAAAAUCCUUUUCUGCUUCCAUGGUUUCACCUCACACGGAUGAAUUUCUAGACCUACUAGCUAGCUCUCAGAGUCGACGCCUAGAUGAUCAGCGAGCCAGUGCCAGCAAUUUACCAGGGCUUCGGCUUAAUCAGCAGAAUAGUCAGUCAGUCCUUGGCCACUUGAUGGCCAGUGGCAACAGUGAACCAGAUGAUGACUUCUUUGACAUCUUAAUAAAAUGUCAGGGCUCUAGGCUAGAUGAUCAGAGAUGUGCACCACCACCACCAACUGUCACAAAAGGACCAACUGUACCUGAUGAAGAUUUCUUCAGCCUUAUCUUGAGAUCCCAAGGAAAGCGAAUGGAUGAACAGAGAGUCUUUCUACCGUCUGGUUUAAAGAGACCAAGUUCUAGCUAAUGGACUUCUUGCAAAGCAUAUUGCAGAACAAAAACAUCAGGGGAUUAUGUAGUACUGUAACACAAAACAUCUUUUUUAUUUUAUAUACAGAAAAUUAUGCCUUUAAAGAAAAAAAAUGUAAAUCUACAGUGUUCAAAAUGCUACAUCAAAUUACACAACAAAUGGUACAGUGUUUGCUGCCAGUGCUUGAAAUUGUGUCUAAUAAAUGUAAAGAAAAUUGUAUAGGGCACUGUUUUUGUUUUAUUAAUACUGUAAUGCUUAAGGUACAUGUUACAACUUGCUAAUUUUUUCAACUAAAAUUGUGAUUCAGUAGAAACUUGUAGUUUGCUAUCAAUGUGUUUUUUUAACUUCCACUGUAUCAAGUUCUCAAUCAUAACAGUAUUUUUUUUAAAUAAUAUUGGUAAAAUAAAUUUUAAUUACAGGCUA